UGGGGGUAUCUGUGGCAGGAGGUUCAGAUAUGGUGCUUGUAGCUCUGGCAAGGGGCCGGAAUGUGGCCCUUGCAGGGGAUUAGAUGUGGCGCCCACAACUGUAACCUUGGAUUCAGAUUUUCCAGUAACUGUGGCAGGGGGCAGAUGUGGAUUGUAACUAAUCUUCAGCUUGUUUAGUUGAGCUUUGAAAAUGAAAGCUAGAAACUUGUCGUCACGCACAGCUACUCCCUUUUCUGUCUGCUCCGGUGUUGGUAAAUUCCCCUCAUGGUGCCCAUAGCUGUGUCAGGGGGAUCAGAGGAGGUGGACGUAGGACAUGGCACAAGUUUGACUCUGGUGAUCAUCUACUUUGGCGCACAGAGAUCCGGUGUCUGGCAGAUCUGGCACUGAGCUGAGGUCUUUGUCCAGGGACGGGUCAUAAGGUGAAGAAUUUGGGGAGAUAAAGCAAAAGAUUGAAUUGAUGACUUCACUUAAACCUGUCUGCCCUGAGAGAACGUCAAGGAAUAACUUGCACUGGACCAUAGCACUUCAUCCAGAAGGAACCAGGAAAUACGAUAAAUCAGAUAUAGUGUCCAACUGGUGUUACUUUGCCCGGGGUUGCUGGUACAGCUUGGAACUAUGAUAUGUGCUUUGCGCACACGAUAAGAGAUUUAUUUGCAGCUUGGUAGAGAUGAGUUUGCAUCGACAAAUGGGUUCGGAUCGGGACCUACAGUCAUCGACUUCCUCCGUUAGCCUUCCUCCAGUUAAAAAGGCACCAAAGAAGAGGAGAAUGCCUUGGGGUUCUAUCUUCCGCAAGAAAAAAGACACCAAACGCAAGUCAAGGGAUUUAACCAGUGGCGUAGAUGGGAUUGCGAGUAUUGAAAGUAUUCACUCAGAGAUGUGCACUGAUAAAAAUUCCAUAUUCUCUGCAUCUGUGAACUCCUCAGACAAUGGCUCAGCCUGUGCUAGUAAACAGAGUGGAGACUUCAUGGAGUGCCCCCUGUGCCUUUUACGGCAUUCCAAGGACCGCUUUCCAGAAAUCAUGACCUGUCACCAUAGGUCAUGUGCGGACUGCUUACGUCAGUACUUGCGGAUAGAAAUCUCAGAGAGCAGGGUCAAUAUCAGCUGCCCGGAGUGCUCUGAACGUUUUAACCCUUAUGACAUCCGUUUAAUAUUGAAUGAUGACUUAUUGAUGGAGAAAUAUGAGGAGUUCAUGCUCAGGAGGUGGCUUGUUGCUGAUCCAGACUGUAGAUGGUGUCCAGCUCCGGACUGUGGGUAUGCCGUCAUCGCUUUUGGUUGUGCCAGCUGCCCAAAGUUGACAUGUGGUCGUGAUGGCUGUGGAACAGAGUUCUGCUACCACUGCAAACAGAUCUGGCACCCUAACCAGACAUGUGACGCGGCACGCCAAGAACGAGCUCAAAGCUUACGCCUGAGGACAAUCCGCUCGUCAUCUCUCAGUUACAGCCAAGAAUCAGGAGCUGCAGCGGAUGACAUUAAACCGUGCCCAAGAUGUGCUGCUUAUAUCAUAAAAAUGAACGAUGGGAGCUGUAACCACAUGACAUGCGCAGUGUGCGGCUGCGAGUUCUGCUGGCUCUGUAUGAAAGAGAUCUCAGACCUGCAUUAUCUAAGCCCUUCAGGAUGUACCUUUUGGGGGAAGAAGCCAUGGAGUAGGAAGAAGAAGAUCCUUUGGCAGCUGGGAACUCUUGUUGGGGCCCCUGUAGGCAUUGCCUUAAUAGCUGGGAUCGCCAUUCCUGCAAUGAUCAUCGGGAUACCGGUGUAUGUGGGACGGAAGAUUCAUAACCGAUAUGAAGGUAAAGAUAUUUCAAAGCACAAGAGGAACCUGGCAAUCGCGGGUGGCGUCACCGUAUCCGUCAUCGUUUCUCCAGUUGUUGCUGCUGUAACUGUAGGUAUCGGUGUUCCUAUUAUGCUAGCCUAUGUUUACGGUGUAGUUCCCAUAUCACUGUGCCGGAGUGGAGGGUGCGGCGUGUCAGCCGGUAAUGGCAAAGGUGUCCGUAUUGAAUUUGAUGAUGAAAAUGACAUCAAUGUCGGUGGAGUGAACACUGCUGCAGAUGCCACAUCUGUAGCCGAGACUCGUCACAAUCCCAGUAUUGGGGAAGGAAGCGUAGGAGGAAUGACCGGCAGCUUGAGCGCCAGCGGAAGUCACAUGGAUAGGAUGGGUGCCAUCCGGGAUAACCUGAGUGAAACCGCCAGUACCAUGGCAUUGGCCGGUGCCAGCAUCACCGGCAGCCUUUCAGGAAGCGCCAUGGUCAAUUGUUUUAAUCGGCUGGAAGUCCAGGCCGACAUUCAGAAGGAGAGAUACAGUCUGAGCGGAGAAUCCGGCACUGUGAGUUUAGGAACAGUCAGUGACAAUGCAAGCACCAAAGCCAUGGCUGGAUCCAUUCUGAAUUCCUACAUCCCGCUGGACAGGGAAGGUAACAGCAUGGAAGUACAAGUGGACAUCGAGUCUAAACCAGCCAAAUUCAGGCACAACAGUGGCAGCAGCAGUGUUGAUGAUGGCAGUGCUCCCAGUCGCAGUAACGUAAGCGGAUCCGCUGCCUGCCAAGCUGAGGGCAAAUGCAGCGCCACCAAGUGGUCCAAAGAUGCAACAGCCAGUAAAAAAUGCAAAGGCAAGCUGAGAAAGAAGAGCAGCACCAAAAUAAAUGAGACAAGGGAGGACAUGGACGCCCAACUCCUGGAGCAGCAAAGCACCCAUUCCAGUGAAUGUGACUCUCCUUCUCUCAGUGACAGCUUACCAUCUGUGGCUGACUCUCACUCCAGCCAUUUCUCAGAGUUCAGCUGCUCCGACAUGGAGAGCAUGAAAACCUCUUGCAGCCACGGUUCCAACGAGUACCACACUCGCUUUGUGACUGUCAGCCCACUCCCCGAAGUGGAAAAUGACCGGCUAGAGAAUUCCCCCCAGCCAAGUGGAGUUUCCAUUACCAUCCCUGUACCAUGCACAGACGUCCCACAGCUGAGUUAUAUAGCAGAGGAAGGAGUCAGCCAGAGCAUACCAAACUCCUUGGGGGAGGAACGAGAGACGGACAGAGAAAGUGAUCCAAAUACAGAAGGAAACUGUGCAAUCCAGACUGACAUAUAGGCCUUCUAUUGCUGCAGCUCUAGUCUACCACUAACCAGUUCUGCUCACAUGGAAAGCUUUGCUAAAAAGCCAGGUAACCGCUCGGGGAUAACGCACAUUAAUAAAGGGGAUGGAAAACCUUCCCGCUUUAAUGUUCAUUCGUCAAAUCCAGACAGAAAAUGGCACGUUUGUGGCUAAAAGCCGCCAUUCCUGAGGAAGGUGAUGGUUUCCCCGACUUUCAGUGUUUUGCUACGAGCGUCUGCAGACUUUUGUCGCCCAACAGUCGGCAAGGUUAUGUUCAAUUCGGAGGAGACAUUUUGACUGCAUUGUUGUGAAAGGAUUUUGCUGUUCAAGUUUCAAUAAACAGGGUUAGAAUUGGUCACCAGUAGUUUUGGGUUAAAGUUCAUUCCAGGUUUUACAGGUUGAGGAAAAUUACGUUUUGCAGAUAGAACGUUUGCAUUAACGUUAAAGUCAUGCUUUUAGCAAAGGUGUUUUUUUUUUUUUUUUUCUUUUCAUUUUUAUAAUUUAUUUUCUUAAUUUUUUUUGCACAACCAGUGACUGGUACAUUUUGACUAGAAGUAUGAAAAAUGUCUCAUUUUUUUUCCCCCCCCUUUCAUCGAUUAACGAUUUAGAACACAAAAUGGCGCCCACGUGACACUAGUGAACCAGUCACUCUGAGGUAAUGAAGGGCAGCGUCACCUUUCUGUUAGGGAGCAGACCACCCUCUGUUGAUGGUUUUGGUGCCUUCAGCAAAGACUGGGUGUUAAGUGCCUGGUCGUAUGGGAAUUUUAAUAUUUUAGUUUUUUUCCUUUUAUAGUCCUCUAUGGCCACCUGGGAUUUGAUUUCGCACCCCAGGCCUAUCGAAGACUGUGGUAGAUAAUUAAGAGAAAACAAAUGUAUGUAAUUAAUAAAAAAAAAAUGUAUUUACCUACCAAAGACUCACUCAGGCUUUAGAGGAAUUGUAUAGACACGUGUGACAUGGAAAACUGCAAAUUGAAGCAGAGUUCAGAGACUGAGCACACUCAUUGUAUCAGUACAUGGAACAACCAUGGCCGCCACAGCUGCUCCAUCUACCAGAACAAGUCUAACAGUCCAUGAGGUGGUCAGAGUGUCCAUACUGUUCAUCUGUGCAAUGUAGUUCACUUCGACAAUACAAAGCCGGUGUCAGUAUAGAAACAGCGCUGGUGUUGUUUCUUAUAAGUAUUGCCAAGACGGUGCUACGGGGUGGUUCUACGAGUUUCGCCUUGUGCUGCAGUCCAAUACCGUGAUUCUACUCACCAGUUUGAUCCGCUUAUAACACUAGUGCCAGUUACAAUUGACAACGCUUGUUAAUGUAUUUGUAUAUUUGUUUUAUUUUGCUUCAAAAUAUGCGUGUAAAAAGCAUACCUGAAUAAAUGUGUCUGUGCUGAGCA